AUUUUUAGGGGAUUAAUCUUUAUCUAAUCUUUUAAAUUAAAAUGACUAAUGGUGGGUUUUAACUUUUUAGUCCCCAGCAAAGUGCUUGAAUGCAUGAUUAUUAUUACGUUGGAGAGCCUCCUCCUCUCAUAAGACUUCUGCUUUUCUUUCUCUGUCUUAAAAGAAAAACUUUUUUUAAUUUAUUUUUGUUCCCCAGAUUCGAUUAGGGUGUCUCCUUAGAUUUGAUUACUAGAUAUUGUGGUGGAUGGUGUAAUGUGAGACGAGAAAGAGAGAUUUCGUUAUGUUAAAGAGACACUCCAUCUCCAUCCUCUCCAGAAUCUCACGAUUCGAUUCACAAUCCCCAACAAUGUCUUCUUCUGCUUCUUAUUACACCGAUCCUUGUCUUCUCCGAUCGAUCCGCACUCAUCGAUCCAUCGGUAACAGAGGAUUGGUUCGUAGACUCAGUCCCAUUGAUUUUUACAAUAACAACGCUCGCUCUUAUGGAGGAAAGGGAUUAACUUUGAGAAGCUGUUUUGAUUCUUCUCACAAGAAGGCUGAUCCAAAGGCUCGAGCUUUGUCUCUGCAUCGUCGGCUUCUCCAUGGCCCCAGGGAAGAACAACGCGGCGGCGGCGGAGUUACUGACCUAGCGGAUGGAUGUGGAGUUGGUGAGACGAAGAGGUUGCAAGGGAAUGAUAGGAAGAUUGUUGUGGCUGUUGACAUUGAUGAGGUUCUUGGAAACUUUGUCUCGGCCCUUAACAAGUUCAUUGCCGACCGCUAUUUGUCAAACCAUUCAGUCUCAGAGUACCAUGUCUACGAGUUCUUCAGGAUAUGGAAUUGCUCUCGUAAUGAAGCUGACAUACGUGUUCAUGAAUUCUUUAAGACACCAUAUUUCAAGAAAGGGAUCCAUCCUCUUCCUGGUGCCCAUAAGACUCUUCACAAGCUAUCAAGUUACUGCGAACUCUCAGUUGUGACGUCCCGGCAGAAUGCGAUAAAGGAUCACACACUUGGGUGGCUGGACAUGCAUUUCCCAGGACUAUUUAAACAGAUUCACUUCGGGAACCAUUUUGCUCUUCAUGGAGAGUCUAAACCCAAGUCUGAAAUCUGCAGAUCAUUUGGAGCAGAGAUAUUGAUUGAUGAUAACCCGAGAUAUGCAGAGGAAUGCGCUAACAUUGGGAUGAAGGUUCUCCUGUUUGACUAUGAAAACUCAUACCCUUGGUCUAAAACUGAGUCUGUGGACAGACAUCCUUUGGUGACUAGAGUUCAUAAUUGGGAAGAGGUGGAGCAACAGAUUCUCUCAUGGCUAGUAACAAAGUGUUGAAACAUUUAAUAGUAUUGCUGUUUCAAAGUGACAUUGUAUUGUAUAAACAUGAAAGAACCAAGAACGCUUGAUGGGAUGAAUAAGUAGCAACCUGAGAUGGAAUUAGCUUUUUAAACUGUCACCUUUAGCAUUAAUUUACUUUUUUUUUGCUAAACUUAGUUUGGUUUCAGAUUAUCUAACUAACUUUUUCACUUGAUGUACAUAUAUUAA